AUAAACUGCUGUGAUCCUGAACAACAAGAUGCUAACUCCGAGCGAAUGACCCAUUUAGAGAGUCUCGUGCUUUUCUCUUUAAAUAUUUUGUGAUUUUUGUGAGUGAUACACGUUUGACGUAACGAGGCCCUGGUCCGUGGCUGUCACGUGAUCUUUGGCGUGUGCCAUAACCGCUGGUGUCGUGUAGUCUUCGGGUGUAACAUCACUGGCUAGUAGGUCAAAACACGAUGGAUUUCAACGUUAAGAAAUUAGCCUCAGGUGCCGGACUGUUCUUCACACGAGCUGUCCAGUUCACAGAGGAGAAGCUGGGCCAGGCUGAGAAGACUGAGCUGGACGCUCACUUUGAGAACCUGAUGAGCCGUGCAGACUGCACCAAAAACUGGACUGAGAAAAUUUACAGACAGACUGAGGUCCUGCUGCAGCCCAACCCAAUUGAUCACACUGGUGCCAGAAUUGAGGAGUUUCUCUAUGAAAAGUUGGACAGGAAGGCGCCGUCCAGAAUUACCAAUGGAGAGCUGCUGGGUCAGUAUAUGCAGGAUGCAGCAAAGGAGUUUGGCCCAGGAACUCCAUAUGGCAGCACUUUGAUCCAGGUGGGGGAAUGUGAGAGAAGAUUAGGAGCAGCAGAGAGGGAGUUCCUCCAGACAUCAGCCAUCAGCUUUCUUACCCCACUCAGGAACUUUCUGGAAGGAGACUGGAAGACCAUUUCAAAAGAACGGCGUCUUCUGGAGAAUCUUCGCCUGGACCUGGAUGCCUGUAAAACACGUCUGAAGAAGGCCAGGUUGGCUGAGGCUAAAACUGCGUGCGAGGGUGAAAUGGCUCCAGAUUUUCAGGAAACCAGACCCCGCAACUAUGUGCUUUCUGCCAGUGCCUCUGCGCUAUGGAGUGAGGAAGUGGAAAAAGCUGAACAUGAACUGCGAGUGGCCCAAACAGAGUUUGACCGCCAAGCAGAGGUUACACGGCUGCUUUUGGAGGGCAUCAGUAGCACACAUGUGAAUCACCUGCGCUGUCUGCAUGAGUUUGUGGAGGCCCAAGCAGCUUACUAUAAGCAGUGUCAUUUCCACAUGCAGGAACUACAGAAAGAGUUGGGAAGGCUCCCCAAUGCUUUUGCACUGAACUCCACUCACUCUAUGGCUGCUGCUGGCUCUGCAGCAGAAGGCAUCAGCAGUCCUGUGGAGACAGAUACUCUGAAGAUUGAGGAAGUUCAGGCGCCAGCUACAGGAACCCGCAAGGCCAAAGUCCUUUACGAUUACGAUGCUGCUGACUCCAGUGAGCUCUCCCUUCUAGCUGAUGAGGUCAGCAGUUCUCCUCCCUGGCUGAACACAUCCUGAGCCAAGCCCUGCUUCCCCUUCCUGAAUUGUCGAACAGUUUUCCAGAACUUCUUUAAGGCCAACUGAAAGUCCCUUUCCAUCGAAACUCCUCUGAUGCUGCAGCCCUUCUUACCUCCUGGUACCUGUCUCCUGCUUCAGGAGAACAACCAAGCCUGGAGGGCCUCCCUCUUCAGACACUGCCAGUGAGCUUCCCUCACUGCCAGUGUCCAUCAGCAGCUUCUUAGGUUCCCAUUGCAACAGACACCAAAAACCUUAUCACAGGAAGUUAUAUCUCUGUUGUUCACUGUGAGCUGUGGGAAUGUCUUCACAGGAUGAACCCCCUUUUUAAUGACUAUGACAUUUCCUGUAACACCAGCCUCAUGAGAAAAAACUUGAAACCUGACAACUGGUAAAGAUCAACAGUUCAACAGCACCACAGACCACAUCCUCCAGAAUGAUCAUACAGUUGAAUCAACAACUCACUAAAACAGUUUCAAUAAAGACUGAACGUUAUAUCCUUUACAAUAGUAGAAUUUAUUGACCUUGGACCUUGGGCCUUCAAUAGGACCACAUGGUGUAAUCAAACAUAAUCAUAAACUAAUAUCCAGAGCCCUGUUACAUGGAGGUUCAGCAUAUCAGUUUUCAAGUUUUAUUUGGGUUACGUAAUUUCCCAGAGGGAGUCAUCCCAAAGGGACCAAUAAAGUCUGUCUAAGUCUAAGUGGUUUUACAAUAAACAAAAUCCAGAAAGGGUUAGAAAAUGUGUAAUAUGUUGUUAUAAAUGACCAAUUUAUUCAUCACCCGAUUAAAAAAAAAAAAACUAUUGCAUGAAGUAUCUGACAGUGUACAGCCUGUGAAUGGUGUGUUUUCAACAACAAGAUGAAUUUAAAUUUAAAUAAAAAUAUAUCAAAAUUUAUACAAUAGUUUGUUUAAAUCAUUAGUCAUUAAUCUGCAAAAUGUACAACAUAAUUCAGGAACUGUGAUUUGCUUGAAGGACUGUAUCAUUUAUUUUUAUAGCAAAGUGUGGAUCAUUAUACAGCCUCAUUUAACUGCUCACCCACACCUGACUCCCCUGAGCAGCCACUCCUUCACUCUCACUCGCCCACUCACUCCUCUAGCUUACUGUUAGCCAUUAGUCUGCUCUUCCAUGCAAUUGCUAACAAAACUUUCUCUCAAUCAAAUACAGUUUCAGAGCAACUGAAUUCAAUUUCUUAUUAUCUUUAGUUCCAAUUCAUACAUUUACUUUCAGAUUAUGCUGUUCAGAGUAAGUAUUCAUGAAUGUCUGGAAGAUGUUGGGAUAUUGUCCCACCCACAACUCAGCAAAAUAUGACUAAGACAACUGUCAAAAUCAAAUCUGGCAGGGAGAAGCCAUUAAUUCAGUGAGAUACCAUUGGAAGAAAAAAUAUGUUUGGACCAUUUCCCACUGUUUUCCAAGACUUGUUGGUCCAAGUUGAUAGAGAAGCAUGCUUUGUCUUUCCACAGAACCUGUUUCUACUGCUUCAGAGUCUAAUGGUGGCGCGCUUUACACCACUCCAUCUAACGUUUGGCAUUGUGUUUGGUGAUGUAAAGGCUUCAUGCAGCUGCUCUGCCGUGGAAACCCAUGCCAUGAAGCUCCCGGUGCACAGUUUUUGUGCUGAUGUUAAUGCUAGAGGAGGCUUGGAACUCUGCAGUUACUGAGGCAGCAUAGCGUUGGCGACUUUUAUGCACUGUGUGCCUCAGCACUUGGCAACCCCACUCUGUAAUUUUACAGGAUCAGCCACUUUGUGGUUGAGCUGCUGUGGUUCCUAAAUGGUUCCAAUUUGCAGUGGCUAGAUACUUGAUUUUAUAUACCUGUAGCAGGGUUCUCUGCUGGAUUUAUUGCAGGCAGGACUUUUUUAGCUAGGUGUACUAAUAAACUGCCAAAUCAGUGUACAAUGAGUACAGUGCAAAAUGAUCAGAUUUGGGUCCUGGUUGAUUUGGCAACAUCUGUGGUUACUGGUCAUAACAGCAAGAGCUAAAUACUGCAGCCAACACUCCAGCAGCCUCUUUGUCAGAAAUACCAAACAAUGUAGGAAACAAUCAGUGCAGACACAGUGUGUGUGGCUUUAAUAAAGCUGUCAGUGAAUAAUAAUAGCAACUGCAAUCUGAUUUCAUGUCUCAGCAUGAGUAGUUUUCUACACAGUAAAAGGAUUUCGUGGGUGGAGAACUGUUGGUGUUUCCUGUGACUCGACAAUAAAGCAGCUCUGAUUUGCAAAUUGGACACUUUUAACAAGCAGGAGCAGUAGGUAAUGAUGUGUGAGCUUUAGUAGUAACUUGAUCCACUCUCAUAUGGCUGUAGGAGAGUGAACAGUAAACAGUGAGGCUGAUAUCAGUGAGAUCGAAAUACAAGCAGUAACGCAUAUUCCUUUUCCAGUGUCUUGUGCGAAGUCAUUUGAAUGAAAACUACUGUACAGAGAGGUCAUUACUGAGUGGAAAUGCAUUGAAAUGGUAUCAAAACAAGUGACUAAUUUCAAGAAAAUGUAAGGGAUUGUAAUUUUAACUAACUCCUCGUGUCCAUCUCAUCACAGCCAGCUUUGCUCGCACUGUUGCUGAACUUUUUGCCAGCACAUCAGCCCACCAUGAAACUAGACACCAUUGUUUUAUAUCAAAGUUGUUUUUCUUUAUUUUCUUUGAAUCCUCCUUUAUGAGUGUUAACCUUUGCUGUAGCUGUACAUUUUGAAUACUGGGCUUCAUCAUGUGCAUGUCCUGUGUG